AUACACCUUUAGCCUGACCCCAGUCUCUUACAGAUUUAGGUGUCUUCUAGGUAGCAAGGGAUAGAUACAAGGUUUUUGUCCCAUUUUUCAUGUCUAGAACCUUACUUUCUUCACGAGGGUCUGAUGGAGUUCUUUUUGUAUAUUGCUAAUGGGGUUUCAGCAUUCUCUACCUCUUUAGUAACAUUGCAUUAAAUUAUCUUUCUUUUCAUAGCAUCCCAGCUCAGUCAAGCCACAUUUAAUUCCUUAUAACCUUCUUUGGACCAUUUGUUUGCAGAAGACUUUUCUGACUUGCCUUACUGUGAGUAUUAAUACUCUGGUAGAACUUAUAUCCUGGAUCUCAGAUGACUUGGCCAGUGCUUCCCCAAAGUCGUAGGCCAGCACCCACAUUCCUGCGGACAGCCAUCCAGGAAUCUCCCUGGAACAUUCCUCCCUUCUCCAGUCCAUUUCCUGGGAAUUCUGCUGACUACAUCAAUUGAUGUAGACACCUGACUGGGACUGGUACGCUGAAGUGUCCUAUCGCAUCUGCUGGUGAUGCAGGAAUUCUGAAGAAAGAGGCAUACACAAUCUGUCUAAACUUUAUUAGGGGAUUUACUUACAGGAGACUCCUUCAGUUAAUACCUUGUGAUGGACAGUAAAUAAGAGCACCCGAAUGGUAUAUAAGUCUUUGCAGAGCCUUUGUUCUUAAGCUAUUUAUAUGUUUUAAUGAAACUACUUAAGAAGCAAGUGUAUUGAUGUAGGAGAAUGUGGUCAAAGUGAAGAGGAUCUAAAAAUGUCCUGCCAAGACAGAGCCACACAUCAUUCUUAACCCAGUGAGAAUAUUUAUGAGUUUCUUGCUCCUAACUCCAUCCAUGAUCCAUGUAACCCACACUGACCAACUAUCACUGAAAGCCACUAAGCUGGUCUAGCUAAAGCAGACAAAUAUUCUAUGGGAGAGAUAGGAGAUGGCAUGUGUUUGACAGUUCAAGCCACAUUGAUUACCACCUCCUCUCAGAUGCUGGUAGAGAUAGCCUGGUACCUGAAACACAAGAACUCUCAGUAUUACAGUGGUCCCCACACCACCAGCCCUAUCUCUAGCUCAGCCCUUGCAGAUAUCAUAAAGGAGAGCAGCCCCUGUGGAGAAAGGAUUGCCACUCAUGGAAUCAGCAACACCAACUAUUGCUUAAUUGGCACUGAUGGGCAGACAAGUUCAAGAGCCCUGGGAACAGCAGCAUCCCACAGACCAUCAUCUCAGGCUUCCAGCCUGCUCCUCAUAGCCGCAGGCCAGGGAAGUAACUAUUGUAGACUUGGCAACUUGCUCUGCAGGUGCUAUAGCCCCUACUUCCUCAGCAACUACAGCUGCUGAAGACCUAGAAAAGAUAGGUCUUGCUACCAAGUUCAAUAUCAGAAACUAAUCUGGUGUCAUUGAUGGAAAUCACAUUAAAGAAGAAUUAGCAUCUAUUGUAUCCUAAAGACCAUAGCACCUGUCCACCUAAAAUGUUGCUGAAAUUUUCCCACAUUAGAAUGGGAAACUUAUUGCCACAGAGGUUAGAAUCGAAUUGGACUUUCUGAUCUUGGGGACUUCUGGAAUACCCUAUUUCCUGUUCUUCUUGAAUUUCUUAUCGGUCAUCUGGAUUCUUCAAUUCUUUUGUUAAUACAUUCUCAAAGGAAAAUCUCCAACAGACCAAUGGGGAGAAGGCAGAAGAUACUGUCAAAUGCUUCUUCAUCAAAAGCACCAGUCCAGUUCUCUCAAAAGGGCUUUCAUCGUCAGUCGAAGAUGGUACUUUUACCAUGUUACCCUCAUCAGUCAGUGCCAUCAAUCAAUGAAGACCCUCUGUCCAGGGCUAAGCUAUACCAGACUCAAACCAAAUUUUCAGUGAAUCCUCGCUGCAAAAGUACAACUAUAUCUUCAGCAUGCCGCAAAGAGGCUAGAACUGUGCUAUUACCCCGUGUUGAACAUGAAGUAAUGUUACCACAUCUGGAGACCCAAGCAACAAUUAUGCCUUCACCAGACUCGAAACAUUGGGGCAAAGCCACAGUUAUUACUUCACAGUGUCAUGAAUACUUGGCUACACCUCUUUUUGGUCUUAAUCACUGGACUGAGGCUCCAUUGAUCCCUGGCUCCCUUUUCAAAACCUCACCUGGCCCUGACCACCUUCCUAAGAUUCCCCAAGGCUGUCAUAACCAAUUUGAGGCUCAACCACUCAAUAGUUGGCCCACAACUCCAUCAUUCCCUGACCCCAACACAAGGAUUACAGCUCCACAUUCACAGUAUAAUCACUACCAGUCCAAGGUAACAACUGAAACAUUACCAUGUCUCAGUCCCCAACCAUCAUUGAGCUCAAGACAUUGGGACUGGGCCACAACCUCCCAAACUCAAUGCCUCAACCGCCGGCAAAAGAUUGAAGCUAUGCCAUUUUCAUGCUCAGAUAACUAUCCCAAGGUCACAACUAUGCUGUCAUCACAAUCCAGCCACCAGGUUAAACCCAUAACUGUGCCAUCAGAAUGUCCUUCAAUGCCCUUGGCUCCAAUGGCUAUGGCUGUGUUAACCCCGAUCCCAAACCAUCAGGCCAUAGUGCCACCCGUACAUGACUCAGGUUGGCUCAAGACUACCGCAAUGCCCUUACAAUGCCCUAAUAUGAAUUUGGCUGAUUCUCCACUGAUACCCCAUUACAACUGGGUCAAGGGAACAUUUAUGGCAUCAAAACUCCCUAACAAACAACCUACAUUUCUACCAGGACCCUACAAUCUAGCUAAAGUUUUACUGGUUUCUGAUCAACAGGUUAAAAGUUCAUUGGGUCCUGACCACUCAACUGAGAUUUUACAUCUCAACUACUGGGUCACACCUCAACCAGACCCUGGUCAAAACACUGAUAUACCACCAAACCAAGAACAUAAAUCUAAUUAUAUGGUGGACCUUAACCAACAAUCUGAAACUCUAUUAGAUACCUGCUACCAACAUGAGCCAGUACCAGGUCCAGAUAAUGAGAACAAGAAGCUACCUGACCCUGAACAUUUUGAAACUCCUGAAAUACACCUGGAUCACCCUGAUGAGGCUUCAUUGGAUAUCAACUAUGAGGAAACACCUUCAUCAACUCCAAUUUUCCAACCUGAAGCUGCAUCAGGAACUAAUGAUAGGGAUGGGGCUAUAUCAGACUGGGACCAUCAGGAUGAAGUUAAAGGAGAUUUACACCACAGGACCAAAGGUAACUUGGAUUCCAAUCACCAAGUUAAUGCUUCCCCAGAUUCUGAUGAUUGGAUGCAGACAACACAGGGAUCAGAACACCAGGCCACACCUUCAUUGAGCCUGGGCCAGACUGCCAAGGGUGAAGAGUUCCCUGACCAUCAAGAUCAGCCUUUACCAGUUUCCAACCAACUGGAACAGACUACACCAGUCUCUGACCAUGGUACUAUAUCUUCAGAUUCUGACCAUCCACCAGAGGCUCACUUAGCUGCUGAGCAUCCAGAUAUCCUUAGACUUAGUCCUGACCACCAGGCUAGUUAUAAAGAUAGCUCUCCAACAGAUCUGGAAAAGAAGUCUGAGGAUGUACCAAAUGGUGACCACCAGCACACUCUUUCCUCAGGAUCUGACCAACAGAUAUAUCCAUCAAACCUGAAGGACCAGGUCAAGGGUACAUUAAGCCCUCACUACCCAGCUGAGGUUGUUUCACCUGGCCUUAAUCACAAGGCCCAGGAAAGCCAGAGAGAGUCCUCAACGUCUUCCAUACAUACCCAUUCAAUACAUGCUACUGAGGGUGGUGGGACUAUCUCCAAAGAAUUUUUCAACAGUAUCAUCAGUUCUGUUCCCCGGGAGAAAAUUAAGAAUGAUAUCCAAAAGCAGAUUCUCCUGAGGCGGAUGAGAGGAUAUCAUAAUACUCAACCUGGCUCACGUUUAUCCACCAGUUAUACCAUUUGUUUAGCUUGUGCCUCCUGGAUUCCAUACGGCUGUCCCCAUGUAAAUGGAAUGAGAGAUCCUUAUGCAGCACAACUGGUGGCCAUGCCAAGUCCUAUGCCAACUUCAAAGGAUGAGAUGGGUAUUAAAUAUGUUCUCCAAGUUCCUCAGCCAAAGGCAGACAUCAUUUGGGACUCCCCACACUUGACAGCUCCAAUUUCAUCUUCCUAUCCUCAUACUAUGCCCCUUAAAUCACACACUGAUCACCAGUUACCUAAACGGAUGACCUGGCUUGACUUUAUACUUGCUAAAGGUGAUCAGCCAUGUUGGAGAAAAACAUCUGGAAAUCAGCAACAGUUUAAAGGAAAAAUGUCAAUGAAUUUCAGCACCCCCACAGAAGGAGCAAGUAGAAAUGAGGAUGCUGUAAGGUCUCUACUAGACAGAUUUAAAAAUAAGAGAACUGCAAAUUAAAGAACCAUUCUAAAGU